CCCACAGAAACACAAAACCCUAAACCCUAAUUACAGGUCUAUUUAUUCCACAACCUCACCACUCUCAUUUCAUGCGCCUUCUUCAUCCUCUUCCUCAGCCUAAGGAAUUUGGAGUUAUUGUUGUAGUAAUAUAAAGUAAUAACCACAAUGUCAAAUCCCAAAGUUUUCUUUGAUAUACUAAUUGGAAGGAUGAAAGCUGGGAGGGUAGUAAUGGAGCUUUUUGCUGAUGCUACCCCGAAAACAGCUGAAAACUUCAGAGUUCUCUGCACUGGUGAGAAGGGAAUUGGACAGUGUGGUAAACCUUUACACUUCAAAGGUUCUGGUUUUCAUCGUAUUAUUCCAGAAUUUAUGUGUCAGGGAGGAGAUUUUACCAGAGGGAAUGGUACUGGAGGAGAGUCUAUUUACGGGGCUAAAUUUGCCGAUGAAAAUUUUAAGUUGAAGCAUACCGGACCUGGUAUUCUUUCCAUGGCAAAUUCUGGACCUAAUACAAAUGGUUCCCAAUUUUUUAUAUGUACUACCAAGACUCCAUGGCUUGAUGGGAAACAUGUUGUAUUUGGGAAAGUAGUUGAUGGAUACAGUGUAGUUCAGGAAAUGGAGAAGGUGGGUUCACAAAGUGGUAGAACAUUAGAACCAGUUGUAAUUGAAGAUUGUGGGCAAAUAAAAGAGAAUUGAAAAUCAUUGUUUUCAGACUCUUGCUGAGAAAUAAAUUGAUUGAGGAUGUUUAAUUUAAGUGUUCUAACUUGUAUUAUGUUUUGAAUGUAUACUGAAAUUAUUAUAGAGUUAUUAUUUAUUUGAUUUCAAAGUUGCUUA